GGCGGGGUGUACAGUGAGUGACACGGGAGGCGGGGUUUUGUUGCAGCUCAGUGCUGAGGGGCGGCUGUGAGUCUUUACUUCCUCAAAGUGGUCUCUGUGGCGGGAGGGCGGCCGCUGUGACCGCAGAACAGGCUACUGACCUGGGAAAUACCUCACUGGCGUGUGCCGUGUUCAAGCAGGGACUCGUUUAAAGCUGCCAUGAUGUUGCUUAGCCUUUAUCUGAAAAGGUGAAGAGUUCUGUGAAAAAAAAGGGAAAAAAAAAAUGGCCGAUAAAAGUAGCAAGCCUGGACUGGUGUUCGUCGAGGUGGAAUAUGAUUAUGAAUAUGAAUACAAGAGCAAAAAGAUUGUCAUAAAACAAGGGGAAAAAUAUAUUCUGGUGAAAAAGUCAAACGAAGAUUGGUGGCAAGUAAAAAAGGAUGAAAACGCGAAACCUCUCUAUGUACCUGCACAAUACGUUAAAGAAGUUGCUAGAAAAGCUUUGAUGCCCCCUGUCAAACCGCAGAGCUUGCUGCCCAACAGCCCACUGAAAGUUGCUCAUAGGUCCACAGAGAACAUCAAUAAAUCUUCCGAACUUUCCAGCUUUGGAAAAACCUCUUCGUUCCGAGAUACCAACCAGAAUAUGGGACCCAGCAGUAGUCCUGGGCAGACUAGAGCACUGACUCUAGAUCUUGUGCACAACAAUGGCAAGCUGAGUUGUGAUUUGCAUUCACCGAAAGGCACUAGCCGGAGUCCGUCUGCCACUCACUUUCCUGGCCCGGAGUUGAUGGAAGUAGAAAAGACGAACAUCUCCAACGAGCAUUCGGGGGAUUCUGCUGGCGAUAGCUCUGAGAAAAUUCUUCUGGAUUCUGAGUCUGGAGAUGAACUUAGCAGUAGCUCAACGGAACAAUUACAGUUCUCGGUCUCACCUGCGCCGGCCAGAUCUGAUUCCCCCGUAUAUGCGAAUUUAGAAGAGCUGAAAAUCUCGCAGUCUGCUCUGCCCCCGCAGCCCGCCUCUCCUCCAGUGCAAAUUACAGGCGAGUGGGAGACCCAUAAAGAUAACAGCGGUCGUUACUAUUACUUCAAUAAAACAACUCAAGAAAGAACAUGGAAGCCUCCGCGGGGUACAAAGGAAGCCGGCUCUGGCAAAUCAGAGUCUUCCAGCCAAGCUGACCAAGAGCUUUCAGCAGACGAUAUAAACCACAGCACUUGUGACAACCAGUCAGAUAGUCAGUGUGAGUCUCCUCCAAGGGGCUGGUCGGAAGAAUUGGAUCAGCACGGCCACACCACCUUUAUAAAUGACCAUACUAAUGAAAAGUGGAUAAAACAUGUUGAUGAUCAAGGCAGACCAUAUUACUACAGUGCAGACGGAUCACGCUCCGAAUGGGAGUUGCCAAAGUAUAACUCCACAUUAGAGCCCCUGAGGGAGAUCACUAAAAGCCGAAGCCUUGACAGAAGGUUCCAGGAACCCAUAGUCUUCACCAAGUGGAGACACAGCACAGUUCUGCUGGAAACGAAUGACAAGUUGCAUAUCAAGCAGAAGCGUAAUUCUUCUGACUUUGUCACAUCUAACCAUGGUUAUUUGAAUCCAGCCUAUUCACAAAAAGAUUCGUCGGCUACAUCCAAACCUGAUGAGACACCUCCUCCUUCUCCAAAGCAACAAGCAACAGAUCAAGAAAAGUAUGGUGUAUUACUUGUCACAAAAAUCACGGAGAACUGGAAAAAAGUUAGGAAGAACUGGAUGUCCUCAUGGACCGUGUUAAAGGGCAGCACCUUAUUGUUACAAGCCAAUGCAGCUGGCUGGAAAUUUGGCAGUAAUCAGUCCAAACCAGAAUUUACAGUUGACAUUAAGGGUGCAUCUGUUGAUUGGGCUUCAAAGGAUAAAUCCAGUAAAAAGAAUGUUAUAGAGCUCAAAACCACCACCGGAACGGAAUUGUUGAUACAGUCUGACAGUGAUAUGGUUAUUAAAGAUUGGUAUACAGCAUUUUGCAGCACUGCUGGCACUACGCCUCGAGAUUCCGAGGAAGCAUGUGAUGAUAAUGUUCCAGAAUCCCCAGUUGAUAAGCAUGCAAAAGAGAAAUUUGACAAAGAAAAGGACCAUGACAGAGAUUCUAAGAAAAGUCGAACAAUUAAGCCAGCUAGUAGUAUUGAUAAUGUUGAGCAGAAGAAGACAAAAACAAAGCUUAAGAAGUUUCUUACGCGCCGGCCAACAAUGCAAGCAGUACGUGAGAAGGGCUACAUUAAAGAUCCUGUGUUUGGCUCUUCCCUUACAAGCCUCUGUCAGAGAGAAAACACUACAGUACCAAACUUUGUCAAGAUGUGCAUAGAUCACGUGGAAGCCCACGGGCUGGAUGUAGAUGGCUUGUACAGAGUCAGCGGAAACCUUGCUGUGAUACAAAAACUUCGAUUUGCUGUCACACAUGAUGAGAAACUGGACUUAAAUGACUGCAAAUGGGAAGAUAUUCACGUCAUUACAGGAGCACUGAAGAUGUUCUUUAGAGAACUGCCUGAGCCACUCUUCACCUUCAACUACUUUAAUGACUUUGUGAAUGCCAUUAAACAAGAGCCCAAGCUGCGCGUGCAAGCAGUCAAAGACUUGAUCAAACAGUUGCCAAAGCCAAACCACGACACUAUGCAGGUUCUCUUCAAACAUCUCAAGAAGGUUGUUGAAACUGGAGAAAAGAACAGAAUGACUUAUCAGAGUUUAGCAAUAGUUUUUGGACCAACCCUGCUGAAACCGGAAACAGAGACUGGUAAUAUCGCCAUCCACACAGUGUACCAGAAUCAGAUAGUAGAACUUAUUCUACUGGAAUGCAUCUCUAUGUUUGGCCGCUGAGUCCAACGUCUAAACAACAAGCUGGAAUUAACCACUGAUAGGCCAUCUCCAUGGGAAGGUUCCCUCUUUGCCGUCUCGUUUCUCGCAUCUCUGAAUUUUAUUUUGUGGACCAAUGAGCUAUUGGAAACUUUUUUUUUGUCUCCUGCACUUUUUUUUUUAAGAUGGUGACCUUGUCUCAUUUGUACAUUUGUUUUUAACCUGUUGCCAGGUUAUUGUAGUUGGACAUUUUUGACUGUGUGUGUGCACACAUGAUAAUUCCCUAGGAGGACUGCAAACCUAAUGUAGACACUGGAUUUACUGGAAACAAAAUAAAGCUACUAAUUUCAUUCUGUACAAACGGACUUCUACUCACUCCUGCUGUACCGCUGGAAGCUCAGCUUGGUUCGCUGUGUGGUAACCGAUGAUGUUCGUUUAAUCGAUCUUUUCUUUUUUGUUCCUCUCUAAACAAACACCUCAUGCAGUAAAAUCCAUCUGACAUUA